CACCACCGAUGUCGGCGAUGUUGAUUUGAUCGAUACACCUUUGACUUCUAACCAAACAACCGUUAUUCGGUUCACCACCUCUCCAAACUACGUUCGAACGAGGGUGUUCGUCGAAUAACCAGAAAAUCGAACCAUGAGUUCUAAGUUACGUUACCCCUGCUCCUAUGGAGGUUCCUCUGGAGAGCUCCGCAACUACGACUACAACUACUACGACUCUGCAAAGGAGGUCUUUGACAGAGCGGUUCUACGAAACUACAGAGAUAAACUGAUAGAUCUGCGACGGUGCAGUUGUGAUUUGAUUUUGCCGUCCCGAGCUUCUCUCUCUUCCCAAUCUUUAUACUUUGCGCUUCUCCCCGUCGUAGUAACUGCCUUGGCGCCUUUGUCUCCCACGUCUUCAUUCCUGUCAACCGUGCAGGUAACUCCCUACUUGUUGCGUGAUAAUCACAUGCCCUCGAAACCGCUCCUGAAACCGCUCCUGCUUUGCAAAAACUUGGCGAAACAACCUACAACCUUGUCCCUGUAACGAUGCCGUUUCACCAAUACCACGGCAUCGCCUUUCACCAACCGAUGUUGUUUUAUAAUCCAACUCAACUGCCCCGACCCGGUUUAACCAACAACAUUGUUAGUCCAUCAAACAACGUCGUUCUCUACUCUUGCGCCGUCGUUGGGCUUGGCGGGCUGCUUUUGGCCGAAUUCUUACCACUACCGCAAUGUCGUUUUACUUUUCCGCGGCAUCGCUUUUCAUUAAACGACACCGUCUAAAAUAAUCAUAAAAUACUAAUUAAUUAAACCAGCCCUCAUUGUUAACUCGCCGUCAAACUCUCACCCAUCGGCGUCGUUCUUAGUUAGACAACAUCGUUUCCUUGUCCUGCGAUGUCGUUGAACUUUUGAGCUUCGCGACACUGUUUUAAUUUUAACACUGUCGUUUUGACUGUUGCGACAUCGUUUCGCGGUAUCGUUUUUAAAUCCGCGGUGUCGUUUCUUUCCUCUCACGGCGUCGUUUUCAACUAAACGACACCGUGCUAAAUAGUCAUUAAAAUUGACACGCCAAAACACAACACCAAUCUGCGACCAAGUGUAAUCGCAGACCGGGAAUGCAGUAACAGGCAAGUUAUAUUAUCAACCCGGGCUCUAGAUCUACUGCUUACUCAGUGAUUCUCUGUUAUCUAGCCAACUAAAGUAAGUGAUCGUUGUUUAAACUAAAAGCAGAAAUAAAGCAGGAAAUUAUUCGGUUUUCUUAAGCAGGAAAGAGUCACUCGGGAAUGAAUCCCCCUAGCUCUUUAGUUAGGUUCAAUUGCAAUUUCCUGGGUUGAUUUACUGUUGAUUAGACUGCGGAAGAUCCGGCAGUAGCUUGGAAUCUCUUAAGCUGACCAAGCCCUCUCAGUCUAACUACCCGGCAGACGACUAGUCUUCACCGGGAUAGAAAGCUGAAGAAGUAAGAACAGAAAUUCACUACUGGAAUUAGAUUCCAGUACAGAGCAGUAAACUGGCUAACUCUCGUAUAACCAGUCUCCUACUAUCGAAUGAAGAGGCUCUAACAACCUAAUCAGAUUCUAUCUAUCUCAGGUUGCAGCAGAAAUUGAGACAAGCUGAUCAGACUCAAAUCAAUUCAUGAAGCAUGCAUCAUUCGAUUCAAAUCAAACAGUAGUAUCAUCCCAAGUCAUUACAAUCAAUCCCCUAACACAUAGAACUAGGGUUCUUCAUCCCCAAGUGAAAGAGAGGUUCUACUCCAUAGAGAGAGAAGAGAAAACAAGAAUCGGAUUAGUCAUACUCAUAACGAUGAGGAUAAUCUGCUCCGGGACGAUGAUUUUCACUCCUAUGACAAUCUCCAGGCUCGAUUCGAUGAAAUCCAGCUCUAAGACAGCUUCUAGGAUGUGUUCUUCGUUCUUUCUCUCUCUAGGGCUCUGUUUUUGCUCAAAAGGUCCGAUUCCCUCACUUCUGGCUCGGAUUAGGCUUUAAAACCGGGUUUUCCCGAGUUGCACGGCCAGGGUGCACGGCCGUGCACCUCACCAUUCUGGCCGUGCACUCUGAAACGCAGCGUAUCCCUUAAGUCGAACUCAGGCUUCUUGCACGGCCAGGUGCACGGCCGUGCAAUCUUCAGGGCCUGCCCGUGCAGCUCCUCGGCAUGAGGCGCACGGCCAGCUUGCAACCGUGCACGGCCGUGCAGCCUCCCUGGUCUGCCCGUGCAGCUCCCAAAAACCUCGCCACUCGUCCGUUCUUCGUCCAAUCGACCCCAGACUCGCUCCUAAGCCUUCAUUCACGUACUAGGACCUGAAACAUCACAAACAAGCACAACCUAGCGUGAAAUCGGCCUAAAACACGAGAAUCAACACCUCAAACGGUGUAAGAAUGGGGGUAAAAACAUGUGUAAAUGACGGUCUAUCAAACUCCCCCACACUUAACCGUUUGCUUGUCCCCAAGCAAACCAAGUCAGACAUUAGGUAAGCCUACACAUUUCAAUCAACCAACAUUGGGGACAAGUCAUAAAGGCACAGAACACGU